AUGACGGUGCCGCCCUGCACUUGGAUCUUCGCCGAGGAUCCCGUGCAGAAUGACGAAUUCCAGGGCCACUGGGGAAAUCCCUUGAGCGCUUACGCCAACGACCGGAACGCGAUGCCCAACGGCUUCCGGCAUCAUUUAAUGAUCCGCCGCCUGGCGCUGCGCGUCGACGGCAAGUCCGGCGAGUCCGGCGAGUCACGCGUCCCGUGGCCGCCGUCGCGGGUCCGCGUGGCGUUGCGCCAGGAGCGGCGGAGGGAGGAGUGGGUUCAGUGA